AUGAUUGAUCUCGAAAGUAUUUUAAAAAGCAUAUUAAGCUAUGAAACGUUUAAAAUUGUUAAAGUUCAAGAUAAACGUCUUGGUGCCCUUCAUCGUGGUUUUCAACUGGCAAUUUUUGCUUACAUUAUCUAUACAAUUAUAAAUAGUGAAGGAUAUUUCAAAAAGGAACUUCCAAUACCCGGUGCAGUAAGAAUUACAUUACAAGCACCAAAAUCCUUUGAUGCUCCUGAUUAUUGUGGUGAAAUACCAUGUGUUUACUGGGGGGCAAAUGAUGUUCAAUAUCCUAAUGAUGGAGCAGGCGUUGCAUUCUUCGCUACAAGAGUAAAAGUCAAUAAAUUUGACCCACCAAACAACUGCAAUUUCCUUACAGCCUCAGCACCAAAUGAUCCAUGUAUUUUCAAUCCAAAUAUCCCCACUCCAGUCGUAAAUAUUUCUUAUAUUGCUGAUAUUGAAAAUUACACGAUCAUGAUUGAACAUUCAAUUCGAGGACACACUACUGAUAUUGGUAUACGUAAUGGUUUAAAUGGUUCAAUGGAUGGAUCACUUGUGGGUACGAAUGGGAAUGUUAUUAAAUAUUGGAAUACCACUUCAAGGCAACAGGAUGAUCCUAGAGCAGAUGGAGAUAUUAUGACAGUUCAGCAACUCUUGACAGCAGCCGGUGCAGAUUUGGAAGCUGUUUCAACUGCACCUGGCGCUAAACCUGGAGAGACUUACAGAUCAUCCGGAAUAGUUAUUGUCAUAGUAAUUGAAUAUACGAACGUACCAUUCAAGGAAGAUACCAUAACGUACACAUAUCGCCCGCAAUAUAUUAAAGGUAAUGAGUACAAAUCCAUUGAAAGCAUAUAUCAGCCGAAUGGUGGAUACUUGAUAAAAGAAAGACAUGGCCUUCGAUUAGUAUUUCAACAAAGCGGAACAAUAGGAAGGUUCGAUUUCAUUUCGUUACUUCAAAAUAUCGUGGCCGUGGAAAUCCUAAUGCUGAAAUUUCUUCCAGAAAAAGACAUAUAUGAACAAGUUAAAUUUGAGACCACGCAUGAUAUCUAUGAACACAAAAAAUCGAAAAAACGAGGCAUUAGUAGCAAUAGCGACGAGACGCAGAUUGAAUCUCAGUUUAGUAAAGAAAGAAUGGAAAAUUUAAAUGAGUGUUAA